ACUUUCAACAUGUAUGAACAGUGAUCUCAUUUCUUAAAACCCCACAAAGAAAGUGGAAUGAAAAAAAAGUGAUGGUCCCAACCAAAAUCUGGGUCCCCAUCAUUGAGCUCCCGAUCUUGGGUUUUGUUUUGGUUGAAACUUAAAUGAGGUUAUUGUGAGAGAAGAUCAGGAUUUGAAGGUUUGGGUUUUGAUUUUUGUUUGUGAAGGGAUUUUGGGUUUCUUCUUCUUCUUUUUAGGGAUGGGUUCGAAACUGUUGUUGUAUCCGGCUCCGACUUACCGGACUUUGGAGACUUAUUGGGAUUCCGAUGAGGAUGCACCUGGUCCACGAUGUGGUCACACUCUUACCGCCGUCGCUGCCACUAAGACGCAUGGUCCUCGACUUAUUCUCUUCGGUGGUGCCACCGCCAUCGAGGGUGGUGCUGCCUCUUCUGCUCCUGGAAUCAGAUUAGCUGGUGUUACCAAUUCAGUUCAUUCAUACGAUGUUCUUACCAGAAAGUGGACUAGAAUCAGACCAGCUGGAGAGCCGCCUUCACCUAGGGCUGCUCACGCUGCAGCCGCGGUUGGCACCAUGGUUGUGUUUCAGGGUGGAAUAGGACCAGCUGGUCAUUCUACUGAUGAUCUUUACGUGCUUGAUCUGACCAAUGAUAAGUUUAAAUGGCAUCGAGUUGUUGUGCAAGGGCAGGGACCCGGACCUCGCUAUGGCCAUGUUAUGGAUUUGGUUGCACAGAGAUAUCUUGUCACUGUAAGCGGCAACGAUGGAAAACGAGUUCUUUCAGAUGCAUGGGCCUUGGAUACUGGCCAGAAACCAUAUGUAUGGCAGAGACUAAACCCUGAAGGCGAUAGGCCUUCUGCUAGAAUGUAUGCGACUGCUAGUGCCCGCUCGGAUGGCAUGUUUUUGCUUUGUGGUGGAAGAGAUUCCUCUGGGGCGCCUCUAGCAGAUGCAUACGGUCUGCUUAUGCAUAGAAAUGGUCAAUGGGAAUGGACUCUUGCACCCGGAGUUUCCCCUUCACCAAGGUAUCAGCAUGCUGCGGUUUUUGUUGGUGCACGGUUGCAUGUUACUGGAGGUACUCUUAGAGGAGGACGAGCAAUAGAAGGUGAAGCAACUGUUGCAGUACUGGAUACUGCUGCUGGAGUAUGGUUGGACAGGAAUGGGCUUGUGACUUCCUCACGGAACACUAAGGGACAUGUUGAAUACGAUCCAUCUUUGGAACUUAUGCGCCGUUGUCGCCAUGCAUCUGCAUCUGUUGGUGUUCGUAUAUAUAUUUAUGGUGGUCUUAGAGGAGAUAUGCUAUUAGAUGAUUUCCUAGUUGCAGAAAAUUCGCCGUUCCAAUCUGACAUGAGUUCUCCUAUAUUAUCCCCUGAUCGAGCCUCGAGUGUGUCGAGCCCCAGAUUUAAUCAGCCUAACUUAAGCUCAUUUGGAACAUCACCAACUUCAGAUGAUGGUCAAGAGUUCUCAUCUUCUGGGAGCAUGAGUAUGGACAAAAAUUCGAUGGAGAAACUGAGGGAGGCUUCUGCUGCUGAAGCUGAGGCGGCAAGCGCUGUAUGGCAAGCUGCACAGGCUGCAUCUGCUGUUCCAGCUGAAGAAACAUCUGUAUCUGAUGACAACUCACCUGCUGCUGAAACAGCGUCAGAUGGUAGUGAUAAUGAGGGUGAUGUUCGCCUGCAUCCUCGAGCUGUCGUGGUAGCUAAAGAGGCUGUUGGUAACCUAGGUGGGAUGGUUAGGCAACUAUCUUUGGACCAGUUUGAAAACGAGAGCCGAAGGAUGAUUCCCUCAAAUAAUGACUUGUCCUACCCUACCAAAAAGUUUGCUAGACAGAGGUCUCCGCAAGGCUUGCAUAAAAAGGUCAUUUCUACAUUGCUUAGGCCCCGUAACUGGAAAGCUCCGGUAAAUAGGAGGUUUUUCUUGGAUUCUUAUGAAGUGGGUGAGCUCUGCUAUGCUGCCGAACAGCUAUUUAUGCAAGAACCCACCGUCCUUCAGUUGAAAGCUCCGGUAAAAGUAUUUGGUGAUCUUCAUGGACAGUUUGGUGAUUUAAUGCGGCUAUUUGACGAGUAUGGAUUUCCUUCAACCGCAGGAGAUAUUACGUACAUCGAUUAUCUGUUUCUAGGAGAUUAUGUCGAUCGAGGACAGCACAGCUUGGAGACAAUUACAUUGCUCCUUGCUCUUAAGAUUGAGUAUCCUGAAAACGUUCACUUGAUUCGUGGAAAUCAUGAGGCUGCUGACAUAAAUGCACUCUUCGGUUUUCGUAUUGAAUGCAUCGAGCGAAUGGGGGAGAACGAUGGUAUAUGGGCAUGGACACGGUUCAAUCAAUUAUUCAAUUAUCUUCCACUUGCUGCUCUUAUCGAAAAGAAAAUUAUCUGCAUGCACGGUGGCAUAGGAAGAUCUAUACAUUCGGUCGAACAAAUAGAGAAACUCGAGCGACCGAUAACAAUGGAUGCAGGAUCUAUUAUUUUAAUGGACCUGUUAUGGUCCGAUCCAACAGAAAACGAUAGCAUAGAAGGUUUGAGACCUAAUGCUCGAGGUCCCGGUCUUGUCACUUUUGGGCCGGAUCGUGUGACGGACUUCUGUAAGAAAAACAAGCUACAGCUUAUUAUAAGGGCACACGAAUGUGUAAUGGACGGGUUCGAACGAUUCGCUCAGGGUCAAUUGAUUACUCUUUUUUCUGCAACAAACUAUUGUGGUACUGCAAACAAUGCUGGAGCCAUAUUAGUCGUUGGUAGAGGACUGGUUAUCGUCCCGAAGUUAAUACAUCCCUUACCACCUCCCAUUCAGUCUCCAGAAACAUCGCCGGAGCGUGUUGGAGACGACACAUGGAUGCAGGAACUAAACAUCCAAAGACCACCAACACCAACUCGUGGUCGCCCUCAACCCGACCAUGACCGGAGCUCACUUGCAUAUAUAUGAACACGAUGUUACAAAUUCAAGGACUUAAAACCUUUUUUCUAAUUGACAAAUCUCCGUGUACGUAUUAUUGCUCGUGUAGUUUCUCGAAGAUGGAAGCCAUUGUUUAUUGUAUGCAUGGCUAUGGAGUUUGAAGAUCAGUAUUUAACCAGUGAAAUUCAACAGAUGCAUAUAGUUUUGUUAGUUAUUUGAAGAGGGAUUUUAUAGGAUAAUUUAUAGUGAUUUGGGUCAACUUAAAUUUUUUGUUUUCUUUUUCAUCAGUGCAUUGUGGCAUUAAUGGUGAUACAUCUAGGUUUUAUAUGAAGAAAUAUAUAUUUUUUCUUUGUACUUUGGAUUUAAUAUUUAAGGCACUGUCUUUAUAAAGUAUAAAGAUAGUAUUGCGCUUUCAAGUUUAUUAUAUAUUCAUAAGCUCAAGGUUGGUGUAAA